AUGCUCCGACGAGUGUCGCUGCUGUGCUGCUACAGCGUGCCGCCGCUCUCCCGCGUCGGUAUAUUUCCACUGCACUUAGACCCGCCAACGGUACAGCACCGGGAGAUCUUCCGCCUGCUGAUUGGCGACACCAGCAGCGACACAGGCAGUGGUGGCAGCAGCAGCCCUGCCCCAGGCUCACUGUGGUGCCUCGAGCCCCUUGCGGAGAGCCUGAAGAGCAGCGAGCGUGUGCCAUUUGACUACCUCAUUUUGGUGCCCAACACACGCUUUCCGGUUGCGCUGCGCCUCUCUACUCACCUCGCUGCGUUGACAAAACUCGCGACGCGUGGGUUGCCGCGUGUGUGCGUUGAUUUCACUGCCCUCGAGCACCCGGACGAAGACAUGCCUUGCGUCUACGAGUUAACUCAGAAAUACAAGAACAGUACUCUUGUACAUUGGCUGCAGGACGCCCAUGAGAUGCAGAAGUGGACACACUUUAGCGACGUCAAGCUCCGAGUGCCGAUGCUGUUGCUGCAGACGGUUAGCUUCCCCGCCAGCAUGGUGGGCAAACCACGCGAUCCGCGGAUCAUAGGUAGGACAAACAGCAGCAGUAGUUGGGGUAGUAUUAGUAGCAGCAGCGGUGGAUUGCCCUCUGCGUCAGACGCCGUGCCCCAAAAAGAGCAACAGCAGAAGCGUGAUGCUACCGGGUCCACACUCUUUGACAUCUUCGACAGCCGAGAAGGCCGUAAGAGAUCCCAGUGUUGGGUGGCUGAGGGGCGUGGUGAGGAGGAAGUAGAGAUCAGCCGGUCGUACAAGCGCUCCGCAACAGCGUCGUGGUUGGAGUCCCCCGACACGUCGCUGGUCUUAGACCCCGUCGGUGCCGGCAACACCUUGGGCAGCAGCAGCAACAGCAACGGAAAGAAUCAGAGUGGCAAUACCGGUAACAGUUCCAUCGACAAUAACAGCAUCAGAGGCGCGGCGUCACACGAGAGCUACAGUGUGGCGUGUGACGGCCGCCUGCUUUCGACGAGUAGCACGGACGGUGCUGGUGACGAGGCGUCGAAUGACACGAUGCCGGCGCGCCGAAAUGUCCGCCAACUCGUUGAGGAGCUCUUCUCGACGCUGCACCAUGUGGAGGGUCUGUACGAUCGCACUGCCCUGCACAAGCCGCUGCCGCACGUGGAGGUGCAUUCUGUGCAUCGCUCCACCGGCGCCGACGUGCGGCACGCGCUGUGGGAGCGCGAGGUGGACCCGAUGCUGCUGCUGACGGAGCCGGUGUACCGCUACGUCAGCAGCCACGGCCUCUACCACGACUACCGCAAGGACGCCUACCCCAAGAUGGCGCACGCCACCCACAGCGUUGUCACCGGAAGCAGCGGCAGCAGCAGCAGCACCUGGCGGAAGGGCAAGAUGCCGUCCAGCGGCUUCAGUGCCACGCUGUCGUUCUCCGGCCUCAUUCCGAGGCUGGAGCUGCACUACGACAAGAACAACCUGCUUGCCCGCGAGUACUACGAGAAGCUCAGCGCGUUUCAGGCGGGGCGCGACGAGGAGCCGGACCUCAUCGUUCCCAUUGGUGGCGACGGCUACAUGAUGCACUGCAUCCGCAACAACUGGAACCGCUUUAUCCCCUUCUUUGGUGUCAACGCGGGGCAUGUGGGCUAUCUGCUGAACGACGCCUCGACGCUGGAGGAGCUGUUCGCCGCCCCACUGAAGCUGCACACCACAACGAUGCUGUACUGCCUCGCCGAGAAGGAGACGCAGACAGGAGAGAAAGUGCUGCUGUCGGAGCUCGCCUUCAACGACGCGUGGGUGGAGCGUUCCACCGGGCAGACGGCGCUCAUUCGCAUUCUCGUCAACGGCGAGGAGCGCAUCCGCCAGCUGCGCGGCGACGGCGUGCUGGUGUCGACGGCUGCCGGCAGCACAGCCUACUGCCAGGCCCUCGGUGCCUCGCCCGUUCCCGUUGGCGCACCACUCAUCCAGGUCGUCGGCAGCAACGUUGUCUCGCCCGCGCAGUGGCGACCGGCGCACCUCAACCAGGAGGACCAGGUGGAGCUGGAGGUGAUCGACAGCUUCAAGCGGCCGUGCCGCUGCUUCGUGGACUCCGUCGACGUCGGCAACGUCACGCGCAUGCUGGUGCGCUCAAGCCGCGCGGCGGGGGUGGUGAUCGCCUUUGCGGGCAGCUGCGACCUGCAGCAGAAGUUGUACCAGAUGCAGUUUCCGAAGACAUUCUGA